GCUUGGGAAACCUUGGCCCUACCCAGCCCUCAUGGUUCCUUUGGAUGGCAUGGCAGCUAGGCACCGAAGGGGUGUUACAGCUAAACGAUUAUCUUAUCUGAUUACUGCACGCGAUAUUCCCAGCCAUUCUGCUACCUUAAUCGGUGUUUCUUUAGGUCCUGAUAAGAUUCUGUUAGUUCCUGCUAGCUCUCGGAUACGUAUACAGUCUUCAGGGUAUCCGGAUACCUACUGUAUUCAAAGGGGGCGAGAUGGAUCAGUGUAUAGAGCUCUGACCGGAAUGUCCGUGGCUCGAAUCCAACCUCCGCCUCCCGACUUCCCCUGUCUAGGUUUGGGCAACCUGGCAGUAUCCCAGCCACCAUGCUUCCUUUGGAUAGCAUGGCAGCUAAGCACCGAAAGGGUGUUACGGCUGAACGACUAUAGAUCAGUGCAAGUAGAUGGCCCAAGACAAAAUCAAAAUAAGUGCAAAGCUAAGAAUCCAUCAUCAAGUGAAUUCCACUUAACCUUACCCACCUUCCUUCCCCCAACUGAAUUGUCGCAACAUUCACAAGCCCACAAAGACCAACGAAGUCUAUCAGUGGAGCCGGCGAUGAAUCAUCAGUUGAAGCCACCUAAAGUGGAAGAUCAAAGAACUAAACCCGAUCGGAGCUA